UGAAUCCUACAUUCCAAAAGCAUUAAUUCAAGUUCAUAGCACUUUUAGAUUAUUCCUAAACGGCUAAACCCUUAAAGAAAAUGACGACUCCAUCCCAAGGGCUGAUUAGUCAUUCCACAGAACCAUCCCAAAAUUUAGUUUUGGCUCUAUCAUGCACGUACGCCUACAACUUCACAUCGUUAUCUCCUCAUAAAAACCACUCCAACUCUUACGAUUACAAUUAUUAUAUGUACACCUUGGUGUGACGCACAUUAAUCACUACUUCUAGGAGCUGAUCCACACCCUCCAAUCCCCCACAUCAUAAAUCAAUCAAUCUCAACCAUCUAUGCUUUUUAGAAUCAAAUAAAAAGAUACCAAAAACUUGGAUAAUAUGCCAUCCUAUCUAGCCCUAUAAAAUGUGACACCAUGAACCAAAUCCUCCAUGACAUGCACAACUUGUGUAACCAUUUCCUAAAACACAAACCUAGAAGCACAAAAAUUCUAGGGCACAUGGAGACUCAUGAAAAGGUGGAAACACAAAACAAGGCAACAGUUGAGAUGCUCUACAAGGCACUAUUAGGGCAAGGGACAAUGGAAAAUGUGGCCAAAUUGUUAGCAAGUGAUCUAGAGUGGUGGUUCCAUGGCCCUCCUCAGUGCCACCACAUGAUGAGGGUGCUCACGGGGGAGACAGAUCUCAACAAGGGCUUCCGGUUCGAGCCGAGGCGGGUGGCCGCCAUCGGCGACUGCGUGAUCGCCGAGGGGUGGGAGGGCCAGGCCUAUUGGGUGCACGUUUGGACCCUCAAAAAUGGCCUCAUAACUCAGUUUAGAGAGUACUUCAACACAUGGCUUGUGGUGAGGGACUUGAGGGCACCAAGGUGGGAAGAUAAUAAGAAAGAUAGCAUGAUGACAUUGUGGCAGAGCCAGCCUCGUGAUCUCUACCAUAGGUCACUGCCAGGACUUGUGUUAGCCAUUUAGCCACAACAACACUUCAUGGGUCUGUGGUUAAUUGGAAGCUAGUUAGGGACAUAUAUUAUGAUGUAUAAUUAAUGUACCAUAUAAAGUGACCCUACGGAUUGAACAUGUGUUGAAGUUACAACACUAUAGUUUUGGCUUGUGGACCUGGUCGAUUGUGCAAUAAUUCUUAUCAGAAUGGAAAGGAAAAGAAUAAAUAAGAGGGCCAAGAAUAAAACUUGAAAAAAAAAGAAGAAGAAAGAAUAGACAAGUGUGUGUAAUAUUAAAUAUAUUAAAAUACUUCUUUGUUUCUAUA